AUGCCUGUAAGUAACGGAACGGCGAUGGAACUGCCUUCGGAGUAUGUGAAAAUAAAGGCGCAUUACGGCGGGGACAUGCUGAUUUCUGAUUUGGAUUCAACCAUGACCUUCCCUGACCUCUGUGAGGAGGUGAGGGAGAUGUGCAGCGUUGGCAAGGAGCAACCUAUCACACUGAAGUGGAUUGAUGAUGAAGGCGAUCCAUGUACAAUCUCCUCUCAGAUGGAGCUGGAGGAAGCAUUUCGCAUCUACAACCGAACCAGGAGAUCAGGACUCCUCCUCCAUGUUUUCCCCAGUAUCCCUGAGCCUGGAAUGCCUUGUCCAGGGGAAGACAAAUCAAUCUACCGCCGCGGGGCACGAAGAUGGAGGAAACUGUACCGAGUGAACGGACACCUCUUCCAAGCCAAACGCUUUAACAGGAGAGCGUAUUGUGGCCACUGCAACGAGAGGAUAUGGGGGCUGGGACGGCAGGGCUACAAGUGUAUCAACUGCAAACUGCUGGUCCAUAAACGUUGUCAUAAACUCGUUCCUCUGACCUGUCAAAGGCAUAUGGAUCCAGUUAUGCCAUCGCAGGAGCCCCCGGAAGACGAAAAAAGUGGCGAGGAAGUAGAGCUCCCCCCUGAGGAUUCGGAGGAGACGGAUGGAAGUAGGUCUUCACCAGUGCCCUUCCUGGCUCACAACCGACAAGUGGAUAAAACCGAGGAUGACGCAGAGGACCUGAAGACCGUGGUGGAUGGUGUGGAUGGUAUUAAGAUCUCUCAGGGCCUUGGUCUGACUGACUUUGACCUGAUCCGGGUCAUCGGACGAGGGAGCUAUGCCAAAGUCCUGCUGGUACGCCUGAAAAAGAACGACCAAAUCUACGCCAUGAAGGUGGUGAAGAAGGAGCUGGUGCAUGAUGAUGAGGACAUUGACUGGGUUCAAACAGAGAAGCAUGUUUUUGAGCAAGCAUCCACCAAUCCGUUCUUAGUUGGCCUUCACUCUUGUUUUCAGACGGAAAGUCGGUUAUUCUUGGUGAUUGAAUACGUGAACGGAGGAGAUUUGAUGUUCCAUAUGCAAAGGCAACGGAAGCUUCCGGAAGAACAUGCAAGAUUUUAUGCUGCUGAAAUCUGUAUUGCUCUGAAUUUCCUGCAUGAAAAGGGCAUUAUUUACCGGGAUCUAAAACUGGACAAUGUGCUCCUGGACCAGGAUGGACAUAUCAAACUGACAGACUAUGGCAUGUGCAAGGAGGGUAUUAGACCAGGUGACACCACCAGCACAUUCUGUGGCACGCCUAACUAUAUUGCUCCAGAGAUCUUAAGAGGAGAGGACUAUGGGUUUAGUGUGGACUGGUGGGCACUGGGAGUUCUCAUGUUUGAGAUGAUGGCUGGAAGGUCUCCCUUUGACAUAAUCACUGACAAUCCUGACAUGAACACAGAGGAAUACCUCUUCCAAGUUAUUCUGGAAAAACCAAUUCGCAUUCCGAGGUCGUUGUCUGUGAAGGCAGCAAGCGUUCUGAAGGGUUUUCUAAACAAGGACCCCAAAGAGAGGUUGGGUUGUCAGGUCCAGACAGGCUUCACAGACAUCAAGUCCCACACGUUUUUCCGCAGCAUAGACUGGGAGCAGCUUGAGAAGAAACAGGUGACACCACCCUUCAAACCACAGAUCACCGACGACUACGGCCUAGACAACUUCGACACGCAGUUCACAAACGAACCCGUGCAGCUGACACCAGAUGAUGAGGAUGUGAUUAAGAGAAUAGACCAGUCGGAGUUUGAGGGAUUUGAGUACAUUAAUCCACUGCUGCUGUCUACAGAGGAAUCAGUGUAA